CACAUGUUGUGUUAGGUAGCAAGUGUGCUUAAUAGGCAUAUUUUAUCUCACUUAAUAGGAAUACUUUAUGAAAGUUUCAAGAUUCAAUAGAAAUAUAGCGUAAUUACUUAUUAGGAUAGUCUUAGCACAGAAAAAUUCAACAAGUUCAAAGCCUGCAUAUGAAAAUUCCACCUUGAUUUUAAAUGGACUGUCGCAUUUCAUUAGCCGUGACGAAUUAGAAAACUUAAAUAGUCCAAUCUUGAAUUGGGGAGCCAUUUGAUUUGGGUCAUUUUGUUACCGCGAAAUUUCGCAAGUCCACUGCAAAGUCGAGAUCCUACCUUUUCCCUUGUUAAAAAGUUAAAAGCAGUUGAAUGAAUUUGUCCGUUUGUAUAGUAUAAAUAGUGGCCUCAAAAAAGCCAUUUGUAUAAACGCCCCACCAUUUUCUCCUCUAAAUCCAUCCUACUACAAGUCCAACCAAUCCCAUUUUUUCGCCAACAAGAAAAUCCCCAAUCCACCAUGACAACACCAUCACCAGUGUUCAUCUCCACCGCCACUCUCCACACCCUUUUGACCCACAAAUCCCUCAUCAACCACCUUCAAUUUUCCCUCCCAUCUUUCACUUCUACCAUUGAAUCCCCACUUCGCCAUGCCCAUCAAACAAGCCCCUCAACUUCUCUCCUCCUCAUGCCUUCUUGGUCUUGUUCCCCUUCCCUUCCUUAUAUCGGUAUCAAGCUUGUCACUUACCACCCCAACAACUCCACUCAAAAUUUACCUGGAGUUCAUGCUAGUUAUGUUCUUUUCAAUUCCAUUACUGGACAAACUUUAGCCACUAUGGAUGCCACUGAACUCACUGUUUAUCGAACUGCUUGCACAUCGGCUUUAGCUUCAAAAUUCUUAUCACGACAAGAUUCCGAGACCCUUUUGAUGAUUGGUGCUGGUACUUUAGCGCCGCAUUUGAUCAAGGCGCAUUUGACAGUUAGGCCAAGUCUGAAGAAAGUGAUUGUGUGGAAUAGAACUGUUGAUAAGGCGAAAAAGAUGAUUGAAAAUUUGCAAAGUGAAGGUGGUUUUGAAGGGGUGUGUUUUGAGAGUAAUGAUUGUCUUGAGGAAGUUGUGGGGUUGGGAGAUAUAGUGAGUUGUGCUACGAAUUCGGAGACACCAUUGGUGAAGGGGGAGAAACUUAAAGAAGGGGCGCAUUUGGAUUUGGUUGGAUCGUUUAAGCAUUCGAUGAGGGAGUGCGAUGACAAAGCGUUGAAGAGGGGGAAAGUGUUUGUUGAUAAUGAGGCUGCUUUGGUUGAGGCAGGGGAACUGGUGGGUGCAUUUGAGAGAGGGGUUAUCUCAAGGGAUGAGAUUGCUGGGGACUUGUUGGAAUUGAUAAAGGGAGAAAAGAAUGGGAGAACAAAUGCUGAGGAGAUUACUGUGUUUAAAUCAGUAGGUUCUGCUGUUGUUGAUCUUCUCACAGCUCAAUUGGCAUAUGAGACUUACAUAAAAAAUCAUCAAAUUUUAGUUAAUUAGUUCUGUUCUCAUAUAGAGUAUGCUGUGGGGCUAUACAAAUAAUGAUAAUAAGAGAAGAUAAGAACUUUGUUUCUCUGUAGUGCUUGUUCUAUGUCUCAAUAAGACGGUGAUGCAGUUUAAUGUGGUGUAUCAGUCAGUCUUGACAUCUUUUGACAGUUUUUUACCUGGA